GGGUGAAGCAAAAUUGAGACUGCGAGCGUUCUGUGCUCUUCUGGCUGUAGUAAAAACUAAAACCUGCUAGUUUAUUCAGAUAAUUUAUUUUGAGCGUUUAAAGCAUGUUAUAUAGUUAAAUGUUUGGUCAAAUAUUUCAGCUCGUCUACGGCAAUAAUUUGAGAGUAAGAGUGUGGUACUCGGAUAGUGAACAGUUGAGCUGCGCAGAGUUAAAUUCAGUCACAGCUUGAGCGAGGUGAAGAUAGUCGCGGCUAGACCCUGUUCAUGCUUUGAAUAUGCCCAAUUUUAUAUACUGUUGCAUACCAAAACCGUCGGGUCGAUGGUGAAAAGAAAGAACACAUCGUCUGCUGUCGAAGAGCAUGAAAAUGGGAUGACAGUUGGGCAUAAAGACGGUGUCGAUGACACGAAUAAUUCGGGCAGAAAGCUUGACGGUUGUGACGAGGAGAGCGUAGAUCAGGGGAGCGAUGAGCGAAGUACAAAGAGAGACGGAAUGGAAAUUCAUACUCUAUCAACUACGGGCUGCACCAGUUCAGCACCGGUUAUUACCACCUCCGUAUCGAACCCGUCUGGACCUUGCUCGAGCCAACAGCCCCGGUCUUCGACAGCACGGAGUCACGACCAGCAUCAUUUUCUGAGAUCCAGCGUUCGACCCCCGAGCAAACGAAUCCGGAAGGAUUCCAUCGCCCCAACUAUCAAUGGUCACAUCGGAGCGAAAUCGAAAGGUUCAGAGAAUGGUCCCUUUCACCAGGUAUCGGCUGGUCAGUCCGGCUCCACGUCAGGCUCUACAGGGCCCUCAGGCAAGGCUGCCCCUCGAGGCCAAGGACCCGGGGACAAGGAGAAGCCAGUGGGCAGCCAGAAGAGACCCAGGAGACAGUGGGAGUCCUGGAGUGCAGAGGACAAGAACAGCUUCUUUGAAGGGCUCUAUGAGCAUGGGAAGGACUUUGAGGCGAUCCAGACAAACAUAGCGUUGAAGCAUAAGAAGAAGGGGAAGCCAGCCAGCAUGGUGAAGAACAAAGAGCAAGUCCGACACUUCUACUACCGCACCUGGCACAAGAUAUCCAAGCACAUCGACUUCGCCAAUGUGUACUCCCGUGUGCUGAAGAAGUCCUCUCAGGAGCUGUACGGUCUCCUCUGCUACGCUGAGCUAAGGAAGAAGGUUGGAGGAUUGAUGGACGAUAAGAACGUGGCCAAGCUUAACGAGCUCAUCCAACAAGGUGCGACCACAGUGCGUUCUAAAGGCAGAAAUCUGCGCAUCAAAGCUCCCAUGUGCCGUGCGCUCAAGAGGCUGUGUGACCCAGAUGGAGUGAGUGAUGAAGAGGACCAGAAGCCUGUGCGUCUACCUCUGAAGGUUGCUGUGGAGCUGCAGCCACGUAGCAACCACUCCUGGGCCCGUGUCCAGAGUCUGGCCCAUAAUCCUCGCCUCAGGAUGGUGGUGGAGCUGCAUAGGAAGGUGUCCAGCCUGAUUGAGUUCCUGAAACAGAAGUGGGAUGUCCAGGAUCAGCUCAUCCUGAAGAGCCUGCAGGAGCGCGAGGCGUUAGAGGGAACCCAACAGCACAGUGGUGGCGGUAGCGGCAGCCCUGCUCUCCCCUGCAGCGCAGACGAGGACCUGUUCCUGUACCCAGCUGAGACCAGCACCCUGACCGCCCUGCCCAGCGUAGCCCGUGUGGUCCACUCCAAGGCCUCCUGCACCGUCCACUGGCAGGAGAGCAGCAAGCCCCGCUCCGGCCCCAAGGAGCUGAUCCCCACUGCCCAGAUUCUGGGCAUCCAAGGGGCCCCGCUCCUCCUCCUCCCCCGGCGGGGGGGUGUGGCCAAACCGGGGCGGGGCGGUGGUGGUGGGGAUGCUCGACGGGUAGGGGGCGAAACCCCUGUAUCCACGCCUGAAGGAGGAACGUCGGGAGGAGGAGCAGGACCAGAGCACAAGAAUCUGAACCAGACAUCUCCUCCUCCUCCUGUAUGUCCUCUUCCUUCUCCUUCAUCUUUGCUGCUGUUGUCUCUGGCUCAGAAACAGAAGGGUAGUGCAGCCAUGGGGCAGGUGGAAGGGGAGAAGGGGCUGGGGGGAGGACCAGGGGUAGGGAAGGCCUUGGGGGCCAAGGAAGGAGAUGGGGACUCCAGUUCUCAGGGCCAGGAGGGAGGUUCUUGCUCUGCUACUGAGCCAUGCAGGCAUGACGAGCGGACCCCAGGGGUUAUGACAGUGCCUCUCCAGAGAGGAACUCCCUCCCCCCUGUUGGAUCCCCUGGUUCCCACCACACCUCCACACACAAUGGUACCGCGACAGGUUGAGGACGUCCCUCCUGACCAGGGGCAGGGGUGGACAGCAGCCCCAGGAAAAGAGGAGUGUGAUGGAGGCAGCACCCCAACCCCGGUGUCAGGCGGUCGGUCGGCCCAGCGGAUCUGUGAUGAGGGCUGGAGCUCGCGGGGGUCAGACAACAACGUGACUCUGGCAGAGCUGUACCUGAUGCUGGGGAAACCUGGGAAACUGCAGCUGGUGUACGAGUGGCAGCCGGCUGCUAUUGCAGCCCCGGAGCUGGGGGAGGAAGGGCUACAGGGACCAGGGCAGACAUACCCACAGCUACAGUCACCACGCCCUCUGCCCCCACUCUCCACCCACCGCGUCCUGCACUGUUUGCUCCGGCUGGUGUCAUCAGAGGUCAACCCCAAACCUGCUCCAGAGCUGUGCUCCACAGCCACGUCUCCGGUAAAGCCAUCCCAGGAGGAACAGUUCCUCACCCCCCCAGGCAAGGCCCCGGCUGUGGGGGUACGUAGCCCCAACUGUGGACGACCCCUGGGGGUCAGAGCGGCAAAGCUGAUGUUACCAAACACUGGAUUGUCCGGUCGUAACCUCCCGCGGCCUCUACUGGUGUCCGGGGGGGACUCAGAUGGUGGGGUGUUUGCUGUUCCAACCACCCUGCCCCCCAACAGCUCCCGACACUCCCGCAUGUUCUCUCCCAACAAGGAGGCUGAGCUCGCCUUCCGACAACAGCUCAACUCCAUCAGCAUGCAGUCAGACAUUUUCCUGCCGAAACAAAGGAAAAACAGGAGCCGGCCACUUCGAAAGCCGCUUGUGGUCCAGAGAACCCUGCUCCCCCGGACCACUGGAGACACUCCUCAACACGUCUGCUCCUUCUCCAUCCUCUCCAACUCAUCUGCCACUGGAACAGGCUCUUUCCGGCCAAUCCAGCCCCGUCUCUCUCCCUCCACCCAUCCCCUCCUCCCCAGGACUCCGCCCAUCACCUCUGGCCCUAGGAUGUCCAGUCGGCUCUCUAGUGCCAUUGACCUGGCAGCCAAGUCAGCAGGCAUCAUCCCAGGCAGCCCCUGUCGGGAGUUGGAGGCCCCCAGUCCAAACGGAAGGUCCCUCUCGACCACUCACCCUGGAGUGGUGCAUGCUAGUCCUGGUCCUCCCCAGACACAGCUCAUUCAGCAGGCCUCCUCUGAGGUUUCGCUGCAGAACAGCCCCCCUCUGUCUCCAGGAGUGGCAGGUGACUCUCUCCUCUCCCCGCCCAGCGUGGCCUCUCUGCUGGACAUCUCUCUCCCGGGACCCCUGGAGGAAGCCAUGGUUCCUGGAGGGCCACAAAUGCACAUCAGUGACUCAAUCAUUGAGCUGGCCAUCAACUCGGCACACUACGGUGAUGAGGCAUCCCUCUCUCCUGCCAAGCUGAAUGGUAGUGAGUGCUCUAAGCUCCUACCCUGUACCUCAGUCAGCCCCUCCAGAGGCUGGAUCCCUUCCCCCAGCCAUGACCCUCAGUGGUACCCCAACGACUCCACUGACUCUUCAUUUGGCUGCCUGCUAUCAAGCCUGGUGUCCCCUGAUAAGGGUAGACGAAGCUCCCUGGCCCCCUCCAGCCCCUCCAGUGGAACAGCCCUCUUCGGACCAAGAUUUCUGGACUGCAACUCCCAUGAUUUCUUUCAGUCCCGCGGCCUGCCAGACGUAGCAGAGGUAGACACCCAGCUGGCCUGCAUGAUGAGUGAGAGCAGCAUGGAUUACAUCGCCCGCUUCAACGAUUUGGCACAGGAGCUGGCUGUCACAGAGCCGCACCUCCUGCCACCUUGAGUUUGAAUAGACUGAAGAAAUGUCUGUCAGUUGCCCCUCCCACACCUUCAAAAGUGCAAGGACAAAGGGGGUGGAGAAACACUCCUUCCCCUAUAUAGUUUGUGAAAGAAAGUACAAUGGCCAUGGCCUGAACAGAAGAAGCACUCAGAUCUACCUUGGAACAGUCCAACUGGAACAGGUUUAAACUCGUUCUGAUGGUUUCAACUGGUUCUGAAAUGGUUACCUCUGGUUCUGACGGUCUGUGGUCUGGUUUCAACGGCUUCUGAAGGAACGUGGACUAGUUUCAACUGGUUUGAUGGCCUGUGGACCAGUUUCAACUGGUUCUUAUGGGUUCUGACCAGCGUCAACUUGUUCUAACGGGUUCCAGCUGGCUUGUUUGUUUGAACUGUUCUGCCUAGCGAGCAGGCCUUUUUUUUAUAUAUAUAUGUUUUUUUAAACACUUAAGAUUAAUCCUGUUUACAGAACACAACCUCAUGUAAAGUAUAGAACAAUGCAAUAUAUGAACAAGAGACUGGGUUUCCAUUUCUGUCCUUUUGUCUCCUUUCUUCCCUCUGAGAAAUAUCAACCCGAAGACAUUGGGUUGAAAAUGUAAAUGUCAGACUAACUUUAAAAUAACUACUGAUGAACUGCUGGUAGCGUGUCCUUCUCCAUCUUGUCUGUUCACGCGUACAAAUUAAACUAACACAUCACUUAAUCAUUUAAUCUGUUUAAACUGAAUAAGACAUGAGUGGAACUGAUGUGAAUUUGUGUCCCAGGCCAAACAUACGUGUCGGAGUGUCUUUGUCCCUCCCUCCAUAUCAAUGCAAACAAGUGACAGUCCACUUGAACAUCUACUCCAACUAACCCAGCUACAUCUGUGUUAGUCUGUUUUUUUCUUCUCAACCAAUGCUUUGAAUCGACCUGAAAGCUAAUUUCAGUUUUCUGUAGCAAAACAUUUUGUAACACCACACCAGGCGCUCCCUCCUAUGAUGCCUGGUUGGUUGUCAGUCAAGCUGCGUGUUUUAGAGCUCCCCAGCUGACGAAAGAACCAAUCAUAUUAUGUGGGGCUUUAGACACAGAAAUAUGGUCAUGUUCCAGGAUGACCUUGUUGGAGAUGUUGCAUUGUAUCAACCAUCAUCGAAUGCAGUCUGGCAUCGGAUUACUACGGUUGAGUAGUAAUGCCUGACUACAUUGCAGCAAAUGCCAGAAAUGAAGAAGCGUGUUUCCAGUACAAUCCGUGUCCAAAAUGGCACCCUAUUUCCUAUUUAGUGCAUUUGCUUUUGACCAGAGCCUUUAGGGCCCAGGUCAGAAGGAGUAUGCUAUGUAGGGAAUAGGUUGCCAAUUCAGACACACCCAAUGCCUAGAUGUCAGCUAAGGAUUUUGUUAUGAGAAAUCACAUUGACGCAAUGAUCAAAUACUAAAUGUCAGAUUUUUAUUGUUUAACACACUAAAAGAAAUGUUCAAGCUACAAAUGUGGAUUAUGUCUAAAGAUUUUUAUAUAGCGGUUGUCUUUAAAUUGGGGCAUGGAGUCCUUUCUCUUUAACUUUAAUCUAUAACAAUUCCAGUAAUCUCUCUAUGCUUUUGUAACAUAAUCCUGUAAAUGAUUCUUAUUUGGACUAUUUAUUGACAGGUUGAGAAAAAGUGUUGGUUUUAAAAGGAGCUAUAUGUAAUAUUUUUGCAUUGUUAAUUUCAGAAAAAUACCUUAAUAUAUCAGCAGUAAUAGUGGAGUGUUUAACAAUGUUUAAUAAAAAAUUGAGCCCACA